AUUACUAAUUUGGUCCUCAAUCAAUUUUAACACGGUUUAAAAAUUUUAAAUUACUUGUGUGUAAAUCAUUCUUAAGUAUCACCGUAUGUAAGUUCCAAGUCUGUAAAUUAGAUAGGUGACUAGAACACGUAUUGUUGAAAGGUAUCAAAUUACGCGUCAAAGUGGCAGAGUUUGUACAUAUGUUGGGAAAAAUACAAAUAUAUGAAUCUAUAGUAGGAAUUCAAGAGCUGAAUGACAAAUACAUACGUAGGUUUCAGAUGAGACAUUAAAAGCAAUUCGUAAAAUAAAUAUCAAUAGGUUAAUCAGAAUUUUCAUCCUCAUAAUGUGGGUACCACUCGUCCCCACUUUACAUAGUUUAAAAUCUGAGAGCGAAUGAAAACAUGACGAAAUUUAUAUUUACUGCUCACUAAUCUGUCGGAAUAUACGCUUUAAUUUAAUAGACUAAACCAAAUUGUGGCCAACUUGAUCAAUCACAAAACUGGAAUUUCCAUAAUUGGGUGGUAUUCCCGCUUAUAUGUCAUACAUAAAUUAAUUCUUAUGCAAAUUAUACAUAUGUAUAUCUUCAUUAUUGUAAAAUUCGAUAGCCAUAAAUACAAGAAGAUCAUCCCGUAUUACCGAAUCAAUUUGUUAUCGGAAAACCCAUAAUGCGUACAUAUUUAACUAUUUGUAUUUAUGUGCAACUAAUCCUUAGUCAGUAUUCAAUCAUGUGUGGGAUUUAAAGUGUCCCGUAAUUUCAUCAGAUUUGAUCAAUGGAGUAGACGAGACGAAUUGCAAUAAUUGUACGAUAACUAUAAAUACAUAUGUAUGUAAAACUGGGAUUUCCCUACUGACCAGGCAACGAUUAACCGCUUAUCUCCGCUUAUCGAGACAUUGCCAAAUCUACUUAUUCUACUCCUAUGCAAAUUAAUCUAUGCAUACAUCUAUUUACAGGUCGAAUCAUUUAUUCGUGUGAGGGUUUGAGGCAAUCAAAGGUGGGUCAAUAAAAUUCAAAUCUGUUUUCAACCUCGGAUAUGUAGAUCAACUCAAAAAAUAGUUUUGUGAUUUUUUUUGUAAACACAAUUUGAAAAGUGCCCCCACGGUGCUCACUUGAAGUAGAGGUACUAGUAAAAGGCUUUUUCAGUCAAUUUUCCACGGGAAGCGUUAUAAAAAGGGCUUAAAUUAUAUUGCCAUGAAAUAAAUUUGCAAUAAAUUUGUAAAAUAGUGCAUGGUAGGCAUAUUCAAAUGCAAUCCAAGAGUCUAACAUCAUUAUCACUGCCGAGAAACUACCCAUUGCUGAACGCCCGAAAAAUCUGAAAAUUCCGUUGGGCGACGUAACCCACCAGGAAAUUCCCAAAUAACUGAAAUAACAGAGCAGCAUGUCCAACUGUUAAAUUGCAAUAAAUCAACUAUUCAGAGAGCAAUUAAAUCUGAUUUAGGAAACAUGAUAGCAAAAAUGACCUAUGUGGGUCUACGCAUUGAGAGACCACAAACUUUUCUCCACCUACUCCUGAGAAAACUCCGGCACUGCGAAAAAACGGACGAUGAUGAUUUUGAUCUUGCAAGAAGUCAAGACAUCCCUGAGUAUCAUCAAACACUGACCGAUUUGUUUAUUUCGGAUUUUUCAUCGUGGAAUGACAAUUUUUACAUAAGAGGAUUUACGAAUGUUGACUAAUUUUGGAACGCAUAGAAUAAUGAGUGGAAGAAAAACACCAUAGAAAAGCCCAUGGAGGUAUUUUUAUCGGGUAAAAAGCGAUGCAUUCUUAAAGUUAAGAACAAGGACCGUCAUAUCGAGCAUUUUUUCGCACUUGAAAAAAAUCCGGUUGUGGGUUAGAAAAAUCCGCAAAUCCUCCCACGAAUAAAUGAGUCACUCUCUGUAUCUGCUUGUGUUGAUAUUUCUCGUAUAAAAGCGCUCCAAAUUUUCCAUUUCUUAUCCACCUCUCCAGAACAAUCAAUCCAAUAAAAUAUCUCCCUUAACUCCUCAGCUCCACCAUGAAGUUGCUUCUCGUUCUCGCUGCUACCUUGGCAGUCGCAGCCGCCGGCACGGUCCACCCCGCCCUCAACCUCGCCAUUCAACAAGGCGCCACCGAAGCGAUCCUCGAACUGCCCCAGGUCAUGGACCAAGUCGAAGCCAGCCCAUCGCUCUACUCCCUCUCCGGUGACGCCAAGGUGUCCGCCCUCGUUGCCACGCUUCAAGGACUCACCUCCGCGGCUCAGGCCCCCUUCGUCCAAGUCGCUUCUUCCCUCGGCCUCGAGACCCAGACCUACUGGGGAUCCAACAUCAUCCUCGUCAAGGGCUUGACCCCCGAGACUCUCGCCACCUUGGCUGCCACCCCCGGAGAAUUCACCCUCCGCCAGCAAGUCACCGUCCGAAUGAGCCCAUCCAUUGCUGAGGCGACCAACGCUACGCAGAACCCGCAAUGGGGUGUUGCCAUGAUCAGGGCACCCGAAGCCUGGGAGCGCACUCAAGGCGAAGGCGUCGUCGUUUGUAUUAUCGACACCGGAGUUAAUCUUGGCCACGUGGCUCUCGCUGAUGCGUACGGAGGUGCCUGGAGCGACCCGUACUACAACACUGCCGGACCAACUGACCAACAAGGACACGGAUCCCAGUGCACGGGAAUCAUCCUCGGACGUGCCAAUGGCAUAGGUGUCGCCCCUGCUGCCCAAUGGGUCGCCUGCCGUGGACUUAACCACCAAGGAUCCGGAACUGAAGCUAAUCUCAUCUCCUGUGGUCAAUGGGUCUUGACGGCCAAUCCCAGACCAAACAUCGUCUCCAACUCGUGGGGUGGUGGUGCUGGGGAUCCAUUUUACAACACGGUCGUCUCUGCUUGGCGAUCGGCUGGGAUCAUCCCAGUUUUCGCGAUCGGAGGCUCAGGGGCAGCCUGCAGGACGGUCGGGUCCCCCGGAGAUCAACCCAACCUUAUCUCCGUUGGAGCCACCACUAACACCGACACCAUGGCGAGCUUCUCCCCCCGAGGACCCAACGCACAAGGAGAACUCAAACCAGAAAUCUCCGCACCAGGAAACAACAUCGUGUCGUGCGGAACAGGAGCUAACAAUUACAUCACCAUGUCUGGAACUUCAAUGGCCACCCCCCACACCGCUGGAGCCAUCGCUCUUCUCAUGUCUGCCAACCCAAGCUGGGGAUAUGACCAGAUCUUCACUGCUCUCACGACCACCCCAGCCCACCCAUUCUUGUCCAAUGCUGACAGGAACUGCGGACUUCCCGGACCUGGAGAUUUCCCAAAUCAAGCUUUCGGUUACGGACGUAUCGACGUUGCUGCUGCUCUUGGACUUUAAAUUGAGUGAUCACAACUUAUUUUAGUUAAAUCAAAUUAAUUUCAAAUUGGAAUUUUCCCAUAAAUAAAAUUUAUUUUCAAAAAUGAUCAACUUGACC